UUGUAAUGUGUUUUUUAAAGACUUAAGUUAGUCACAUGUUGUUCGAAAUAAUUGUUUAAGGUAUAUACUAUUAUCUAUAAACCCAUGAGAAACGAUUCCACAGAGUCUGUUCAGUGCCACAGUUUUCUUUUAAACCAACAAUAUGGUGCUUCGCCAUUUUUAAGCGAACUCAAAUCAUUAUUCUCCAAGCCAUUCCACAGAGUAUGUUCCCACAUUAUACGCACAGUUGAUGGAUUCCAGCUUUGUUACGCUGCAAAAACGUGGCACGGAGGUUUUGUGGGCAUGAUGAUAUUUGGAGCUAGUGAAGUGAGCGGGAACGUGGAUCUGGGUGACGAGACGACCACCAUGAUGUGCAAGUUUGUGGUUAGAGCCUCAGAAGCAUCAAUCACAAAACAGAUAGAGUCAGAUCUUCAGGGGUGGUGUGAUGAUAUAACGGAUGGGGGCGUUGAGUAUAUUCCAGAGGAUGAAGUGAAAGCAACAGCAGCUGAGAAACUGAAAAUCUCAAUGAAGAAGAAGAAGAAGAAGAAGAAGACAUGGCGCUUCACAGUGCUCCAAGAAUGGCAUAUGUUGUGUAAAGAUAGAAAAUAUACCAAAGUUAACUAA